ACAGACCAGCCGCCCAGACAGGCCUCAGACAAGUCAGGAUGAGGCUGGGAUUGCAGGUUCUGCUUCUGGAAGCCGACCUCCUGUAAGGCGCCCAUCACAGGGCUUGGGCCACUUACCCAGGAGGCCAAGUAAGACACGGCGUCUUGGCUCGGAUUCUGCGGCUCCAUCAUCCCCACCCAGGCGAAGACUUUCGGCAGUGUCACCCCAGCCACCACUGGCACUAUUGGCGAGUUCUCAGAGUGAUGAGCCCCGAUCACCUCAGUUAUCUGAGCACAGCUUGAUGGCCGACGUGGACCAGCAGGGCCAAGAACAACAGCCAACCAUCACACUGCAACUUACAGCUGUUGACCCAAGCCAGCCAAUACAGUUGCAGGAUAUCCCCCAAGCAUCCAUCAGUCCACAACUGGCACAAGCUCCGCCACCAAGCCAAAUUCCUGAUGAUUUUUGGGCCAGUUGGACAAGCCAACAGGCCCAAAGCAAUGCCAGCCUGACCGCACAUACACAACACCUUGCCAGUCUGCCCCAUCAUCUACCGCGUAUUAGUCGCAACUCGGGCAGACUGAUAGUACAAGUAGGGCGAAUGGCUACCUCAAUGGAGCAAAUUAGGGCUGACAACAGCCAAAUGCUUGCACAUUUAUCCCGCAUCAUAGAUGAGCAACAGCGACAUCAGCAGGCACUCGUUCAGCUCAUUCAACACAAUCAAGUGGUGAAUGAGUCCUUAUCCAGGAUUGUAGCCAGCCACACUGCUACUAACACUCAGCUGAUUGCAAGCCUAAAUAAUUUGAGCAGCAAUAUUUCUCUGAUGGGAGCUCAGCAAGUAACCUCCAGCUCGGGGACCACGACCCCUAUCCAAACGCCAGUAACCUCCCCUGUUCGGCGUUCCUCAAGAGCACGUGCCAGUGAGCCAGCACCCAGCACACACAAGCGAAAAAAAUAA